UGCUAUACAUUCACAUAAUCGAUUACAUACAAGCAAUAACAUCCAUGGAGAAAAGCCCUUCUUCUUCUUCUCUGGGCCCAAUGGGCCUCGACUUCGCCGGCUCUUUCUUCAGGCCCAUCCAACUUGCCGCCCCCCCGUCCCCCACCAAGCGCCACACCAAGGUCUCCGUCGUCGGCGCCGGCAACGUCGGCAUGGCCAUCGCCCAAACAAUCUUAACCCAGGACCUCGCCGACGAGCUCGUCCUGGUCGACGCCAAUCCCGACAAGCUCCGCGGCGAAAUGCUCGACCUCCAGCACGCUGCAGCGUUCCUGCCGCGCACCAAGAUACUCGCCUCCGUCGAUUCCUCCGUCACGGCCGACUCCGACCUGUGCAUCGUCACCGCCGGCGUGCGCCAGGGAGUGGGCGAGACCCGGCUGAACCUCAUCCGUCGGAACGUGACGUUGUUCUCUGAAAUUGUGCCGGCGCUCGCGAAGCACUCGCCGGAUUCGAUACUGAUUAUAGUGUCGAACCCGGUGGACGUGCUGACGUACGUCGCAUGGAAGCUGUCGGGGUUUCCGUCGAACAGGGUGAUCGGCUCUGGAACGAAUCUGGACUCGUCGAGGUUCCGGUCCAUGAUUGCGGAUCAUCUUGACGUCAAUGCCCAGGAUGUUCAGGCAUACAUUGUUGGGGAGCAUGGCGAUAGUUCAGUAGCACUAUGGUCUAGUAUAAGCGUGGGAGGAGUUCCAAUUCUAAGUUUCUUAGAGAAGCAACAGAUUGCAUUUGAGAAAGAGACUCUCGAGAACAUCCACAAAGAAGUGAUUGAGAGUGCAUACGAAGUUAUUCGCCUCAAGGCUUACACCUCAUGGGCUAUUGGUUAUUCAGUGGCAAGCUUGGCUCGAACCAUCCUUCGGGACCAAAGGAGGAUUCACCCAGUCUCUAUCCUUGCCAAGGGCUUCUAUGAAAUCAAUGGCGGUGAUGUGUUCUUUAGCCUCCCAACACAGCUUGGAAGGAAUGGAGUUCUUGGUGUGACUAAUAUUCAUAUAACAGAUGAGGAGGCUCAACAACUUCGAGACUCGGCAAAGGUCAUCUUGGAUGUUCAAAGUCAACUUGAGAUAUAAAUUAAAAGAGUAAAAAGUGAAAAACAAAUUACUUUUAUAUGGUGAAUUAUUUAAUAAGUUCCAAAUAAAGUUAAUCAGGUCUUGUUAAAAAAUUUGUACCAAAGAACAAAAUUGGUUCGAAGGUUCGCGAUUUAGCCCAUAUGUCCAGGAGAUUAUCAUUCACGUCUAGGUGACUAAUAGUCUUGUAGAUAGGGAUAAGGUAAACUAGGAAGGGCACAAAUAUUGUGAUGCAAUUAAUUUGCAGCUACGCAUAAAUAAAAUGUUUAUGGUGUUGGGUGAUA